AUGCUCUCCCAAUACCUGCGUAAGCGCGUCUCCGUGGUGACGGUAGAUGGUCGCAAUCUCGUCGGCGUACUACACGCAGCAGAUCAGCUACUGAACAUCGUACUCACAUCCUGCGUCGAGCGCACUGGCGCGCCGUACGACUUCAACGAUGGCGUGCCCGGAGAAAACAACGGUGUAGUCGAUGAAGGUACCUCCACGGCUGGCAGCAGUGGUAACACCGCACGCGGUGCACUGCCACCCAUGGAAGAGGUGCAACUCGGUGUGAUGAUGGUGCGCGGCUCCGACGUCGUCACGAUCGCUGCCAUCGACGUGUACGAGGAAGCUGGCACAAAUAUAAAGGAUUGGCGCGGACGGGAUAUGCCACCUGCUGCUGCAGCAGUAAGGCAGAGAUAA